AUGCGCAGUCCAAUUAUGAAAGCAUCAACCAUCGUCAGCCUCCGAGGAAGGAACUUGAAUGUCGGCUCAAGUGUUGCUGUCAGCUUCUGCAACAAACUCUGCUCGGCAACACUCAAUAUUGAUGACAUUAAUGCGGGUGUUAAUGAUGACAUCACAACUAAUUUGCUGACAGCGAAUCAUGUCAUUCUCGAUCAUUCAUUCAUUUUGUCACGGGAUGUUGAGAACAUUAAAAGUAACAACCAACAUAUUAAAAAUAACAUCAGCAGUUAUAACAACAACAACAGCAACAACAACAACAGCAGCAGCAGCAGCAACAGUAGCGACGGCAGCGGCAAAGACCCCGUUGAAGAUAAAAUCCCUCGUAGGAGCAUGGACAUCAAAAUAACAAAUCAUCGCAAGAAAAUAAAUUCAUGUGACGUCAUAUCACGUGACUCGACGACAAUAACAGCCGAUAAUUUUGAACAAAAGCAUCCAUCCAUCCAUCCUCAUUAUCCCAUUUUGUUUAAAGUUUCCUUCUAUUCGCCCACCUUCAUUCCAUCCAUCACGGAGACCAACAUCACCUUCUCCAUCUAUCCAAGUCCACUCUUCAACGAAAUAAACAGCGAUGACGUCAUGAUGAUGACGUCGAGUGGUGAUAACGAUGACGAUGAUGACGAGGAGGGUCAAAAUGGUGCAGAUGAUAGGAAUGCAGUGAAUGCCUACGACGAUAUUGCUGAAAAUGGUGAUGGUGGAGAUGGUCCUGAUAAAAAACCUCCACCCGAUCUUCAUCAUCGUCAUCGACUGCGCUCCAAUGACCUGCUCAUCUUAACGGGUCAAGACUUGAACACAGUUCUCACCCUAGAUGACUACAACAUCAAAGUUGACCACACAACAUGUCCACUGACCUAUCUAAGCCACGACAAACUGACCUGCAAGUUGAACAAACCCUUAACGAAGUUAUCUGUCGUUGAGAAGGCAAUGGCGUGGCUAGAUAUAGCAUUUGAGAAUGUCUGCAAAUAUUUUGAAAUGUAA